UCCUCUUCUCUUCUUUUACCCAUACUCUUUCGCCUAUACUUUCCCUCCUAACUCUACACUUCCACCAAAACCAACUGAAGGUUUUUUAGUUAAAACCUUCAAUUAGUCUUCCUUCUCAACCAUCAAUCUCUGUGCACCAGAAUUCCUUGUCAUUCUAAUCCAAAACCCAACUACUCCUUGCUCUGUUUCCUCUGUUUCAAAUUCAUUUUUCUGGGUAGGAGCCAUUGUAGUGAUGUCAACCGCAGUGUGCCAAGGGCUUCAAUCAUGUCUGGAGCCCUGGACCAAAUUGACUGCAACUAGUCCCUACUUCGCCCGAUCACUCAGUUUUAGUUGGACGGCUUAUGUCUCAGAUUCUGACUCUGAGAAAGACCUGAAAGAGCAGAGCAACAUCGAGAAGGACAACAACAACAACAACAACAGCAGCAAUAAUGAUCAGCAAAACAAAAACUGUGACAUCAAUAACAGCAACAACAACCAGUUGAGGUCCAGUGGGGGUGACAUGGGCGGGUGGAGCUUUAUCCGAGCUCUGACCAAUACUUCUGAAGGUCCCAAAGCAGCAGCAGCAGCAGAAGAGAAGGAGAAGCUGUACAUCCACCCUCUCGUGAAAAAGCGUUCAUUGAAGCUUAGUGAGAGGAGUUUAGAGAUGUGUACAGAGAAUUUGGGCUCCGAAACGGGUUCUGUAAUCAGCGAAGAUAUCAGCAUUCAGCCAUUGAACUGUGAGAGAGAGAAGUCACUAAUAAGAAGAAGAGAGAGAGCCAAUUCAUCAUCACUGAGGCAGCUUACAGGGGUGAAUUCUAGGGAAUUUCCACCACCAUUGACGACGAUAAGCUGGUCCAGUCAAGUAAAGGUGAAGACCCACCGCGAAGGAGGAAGGUUGUUAAUGAAAACAGUGAGAGUCCCCUGCUCUCAAUCAUGUUUUCAAGCUGAAAGGGAAGAUGGGCGUCUCAGGCUUCACUUGUCAUCCAAUUACUCUAAAAGGUUUGAGCCAGAAUUUGACCCCCAAGCUACAUCAGCAGUAGAAGAAGAAGAAGAAGCAGAAGCAGAAGCAGAAGCAGAAAUUGAAGGAGGAGAAGAAGAAGAAGAAGAAGAUGACAGAGGAGAAGGCAAUGAAGUGGAAGAGGAAGAGGAAGAGGAAGAGGAAGAGGAGUUAGAUGAUGAUGUGAAAUGCUGGGGUGGGGGUACAAAUGGGAAUAAUAAUAAUAAUGAUGAUGAUGAUGAUGUGAAUGUUGGAGGUGAAGUGGAAAUGGGGACCUAUGAAAGGGGGAGGAGGAGAAGGAGAAGCAGGUGCAAUGAAGGUGAGGUGCAUUGGAACAACUUGCUGUUGAUUCAGGAGCCUUGUUGUUGGGUGGCUACCUCUUGAAUAAAUCCAACUCUUUCUCUCUCUCUCUCUCAAAAGUUAUGGACCUACCUUAAUCUAAUGAUGAUUAUAUUUUGGGAAUUUUUCCAACCCCACCUUAAUUGGUUGGUGUUGUUGAUUGUAAUGUAGCUGCAAAUGUUAGUGUCAGUUAUUAUCGUUGCUGAGCAGUUUCCAUUCUCUCUCUCUACAUGUAUCCAUCAGUCAUCUUGUUUUAUAUGUAUAUUUGGA